AUGGCAUCGAUUGGGAAGCUUUCGUGGCGUAAAGUAAUCCAUUAUUUUUUGGGUCAAUACAUCGGAGCCUUUCUUGCGGCAGUCAUUACAUAUGUGGUCUAUAGAGAAGCUAUUCUCGAGACGUUUGACGGACAGCUGUUGACCACCGGUCCCAACGCAACCGCCGGUAUAUUUGGCACUUUCCCAGCGGCAGGAAUUUCCACAGGAACUGCCAUUAUAGAUCAGAUCGUUUCGGUGGCAUUCUUUUUGCUCCUAAUUAAUGCCAUUACAGAUGAGAGGAAUAUGGCCUGUCCUAAGGGUUUGGUGCCAAUAGCUAUUGGGAUGACUGAUUUGGGUUUAAUUGUGUUUGCAUUUGGCUAUAACUGUGGCGGACCUAUCAAUCCGGCCCGAGAUUUCAGUCCCCGUUUGUUCACAGCGAUGGCCGGUUGGGGAACAGACGUCUUCUCGUAAGUAUUUUAUAUGUUUUUACAAUAAUUGCUUUCUUUA